UUUAUUAAGAUUUUUGAAUUGACAGGUGCUCCACGGAUGGCUCCACCCCCUGCUCCCCCUGCUCGGUCUCCUAACACUGAACUCUCCAGUAGGAUCCCACCCCCUCCUCCUCUCCCACUGUCAGCUCCGCCCAGCUCAGUACGCAACGGACACCUGCACAGCUUAGAUGACUUUGAAUCGAAGUUUCACUUCCAUCCUAUUGAGGACUUCCCCCCUCCUGAAGAGUUCAGGCCCUUCCCACGUACCUACCCCAGCAAGGAGAACAGAGUCAACCCACAACCUCCUGCCAUGAGGACUCAUUUAAGAUGAAAUGGGACAAUAUGAAGUUUGGUGCUAACCUUUUUGCAGGACAUAUUUUAAGCAUCAUCCUCAUCGUCAGUGAAGAACAGCAGACAAAUCUGUAGGUCAAACCAACUCACUCAAGCACCACUUUAUCAAUCACAACUGCAUUAUCUGUGAAAACAUUCUAGUUUGAUGUAAAAAAAAAUAAAUAAAUAAUAGUUUUUUUUUGGUCAUCCACAUUUCAAGAAAGAGUUUCCCUAUUACAGAUGCAGCCAUGUUAAAACCCCUGAUUCUUAUAAAAAGUG